AUGUCGCAGCCAAAGCUCAACCUUCGACCACCUCCGCAUCGCGACUUUAUCCAAGGCUUCCCCGGUAUCGUCGCUUCCAACGCCCGUCCACCCGCUCAUGUCGCCGGCACCGUCGAAGUCCGUCUCGGAACAAAGGGCCUCAGAGCAGCAUGGUUGCGCAUCGAGCUGCGCAAGCUCGAGACACUUCCAGGCGGCGAAAGCUGGGGCGAGCUCAUCGGCAGAGGUCCCAUCGACGUGUGGUCCGCCGGUAAAGAGGACACCUACAAGUCCGACUCGGAAAAGGGGUGGGAGCUUCUCCAGACCGCCGACUUCCCCUUCCAGGUCACCAUCCCCGAGGGUCUACCUCCGAGCGCAAAGCUCGAGAAGAAUGCGGGCAUCGGCUACGAGCUCGUCACCUCGCUCUGCGUGAGAAGCAAAAAGGGUCUCCUCAAGAAGGAAACCACAAGCUCCAUCAUCCAAAAUACGCAUCCGCUGUGGCUCGACAAGCACGAGCUGCACUCCACUUGGCCCAUCUACUCGGCCCCGGACGAUCACGAGGCCCUUCAAGACGACAUCAGGGUCAAAGUGAUGCGAGAGCGAAGCUGCUACGGUCCGGGCGAUAAUGUCGGUGUCCGCGUCAUCUUGAUUUCGGAUCGCGUCGCGCCCAUCAAGAUCAAGAGCAUCUCGUUCUCCAUUCGCGAAACCAUUACCUUCAAGGGCGGCGCCAAGAAGACGUUCAGUUCCAACAAGGCUGCGUCCCAGAAGACCGAGACUCUUUCCACCAAGAGCAAAAGCUUCGGCAAGAAGGUGUAUAAAGGCGACACCCAUACCUUUGAUCUCGCCUGCCAGAUUCCGCGCACACACAGCCUCAUGACGAUUCAGACCGCAAAGCACAUCGAAGUCUCGUACACCUUACGCGUCCAAGUGGAGACCGCCAAGAAGCCCAUCAUCAUCGAUCAUCUGCCUCUCACCAUUUCCAACUUUGCCAGAGCGGCCUCUGAGGGUCUCAUGCCCCGCAUCGGCUGGGUACCCGGCCUCUCUGCACCCGCCGAGGGCACAGACUACUAUCCAGACGAGGUCGCAACGAUACCUCCUUCCGCCUCGAAUCAGCAGGAGCCAGCCAUUGCACGAUCCAUCUCUUUCGGUGGCUCUACCUAUUCUGGUGGCCGAGCAAGUUAUCCCGGUUAUGCUGGCGGCGACUUGCGUCGACGCGAUACCGUCAUGACUCAAGGCACCGCCAUCAGCGGUCCCGGUAUGGCCGGCCGCGGUGUGCCCGGUCAGGUGUUUUCUUGGGGUCAGUACGGCUCUGCACAGCCCUUUGGGUCGGGCGAGGCUCCUCGUCCGGCUUUUGCGGGUCCACCAAGCAUCUACGAGGGUCGAGAGUUGGCCCCAGAAGAGACGCGCGCCCUCUUCCACUCGACGAACCGCCCGCAGAGCGCUAUGGUGUUGGGUACGGCGAUCGACCCGGUGCUCAUGCCUCCCUCUUCCUACCACGGUCACAGCGGCACAGUGACACCAAUCGCUGAGAGUAGCGAAGAUGGCCAUGCGCAUCCAACCUUUCCCCAACGAUCUCCUUACCAACAACAGAUGCCGUUUUCCUCCCAACCCGAUGUAAGAAGGCACUCGUAUCUGGACGCUGCUGCUUCCGCUGGAAGCCUCGUCCACCCACAAGGGGUUCGCUACGGCUCAGGCACCGCCAGCCCUGCCGAUCCGCGGUAUACUGCUUCUCCCGUCGAUGGCAGAAGUCCGCACAACGAGCAAUCGGCGUUCCGUGGUACGGGCUCAGCAGAUUUGGGUACUACGAGGUAUGUUCGACCGGAGCCUGUUCACCAAGCUGUGCCGACGCAGCUGCCAUCGGCAGUGCCGCCGUCGCGUUUGCAAGGCGUAGAUUCGAACGCUGCUGUGACAUCGGCGGAGGCCGAAAAGCAACGUCUCUACGAGCGCGCCCGACAGCAGGCGGAACGCAACCAACGCCGUGCUGAUGAGCGACGCGCGCUGCAUCAAGGCACAGCAUCGCCCGCUCCACCAGCAAAGACGAAUGCGGGUAGGCCUUACAGCAUGUUCAACCUGGCCUCCUCCAGCGAGCCUCCUUCGGAUGCUUCAGCACCUGGCGCUGCAGGUGCACCACCACUUUCGGCAGAGGCUGAAAAGAUGAGGCUGUUCGAACGCGCGCGAGCCGAAGCGGAGAGAUACCAGGGCUCUUACCAGGGCGGUGUCGCUUUCCCCGCUGAUAGCAGUGCAGGAAGCUCCAACACGCCUGCUGCGAGCAGGUCCCCGGCCCUUCAGACGAGCGUGAACAGUGCUGUGGUCUCGGGCCGCGCUGCACCGUAUCCUUCAUACAUGACUGCCGAGGAAGAGAAGCGGCAGCUGUACGAACGCGCAAAAGCCGAGGCAGAUGCCUAUCAGCGUGGCGAAGGGUCGAUCGCGACCGUCACAGGGCCGAGUAGCUCGUCGCAGCCGUUGUCUGGUCAUCAGCACGCCGCAUCCAUCAGCAGCGGCGCUGCGGUGGAUGUUCCAGGAUCAUGGUCUAGGAGCCCGCAAGGCGUCACCGUCGCGAACGGCAAUCCCGCCGCGUCGGGCUAUAGUGGUCCUGCUGCUGCUGCUGUUGGCGCGGGGUCCUCUCCCAGUGGACCUUCGGCCGCGCCAGUCGUUCCGGCCGUCAGCGAAAAGGAACAACUCCGAAGAUACUACGAAGCACGAGAUGCGGUUAGUCAACAUCUUCAGCAACCAUCCUCGUCCAAUUCCACCGCUCAGGCUCCUCACGCAAACGGACCGUCGAUCGAUGCAAUACGUGCACCGGAAGUAGCAUCUGCUACGCACCCUGUUGCGCCCCGUCAACCUGCCAAUACCGCAGCCUCAUCAACGCGAACUGCGACGCCGACGAUCAACACGGGCGUCCAAUCGUAUCUGACGGAAGCAGAGCAGCAGAGUGCAGAGGAGAAGGAGAGGUUGGCUUCGCACUAUGCCAGGAAACAGGCCAAAGCCGAGGCCAAAGCGAACGGCAAGCUGAACGGUGGUCAGACGGUGGGCGGGAGUGAGAAAGCGCAACUGGCGGCGUACUACGCUGCACGCGAUGCCAUGGAUCAGAAUGCGAGAGAAACGCAAACCGGAUCAUCACGUUUGUCAGGUGCUGCGGCGACGUCAUCGAUCGCUCCUCCUGGGGCUGUUUCGGCUGUCGUCAACCAGAACAGCAACUUUGUUCGUCCCACUUCAGAUUACUCUCGAGCAGGAGGAGGUGGAGGACACAUUUUCAGAUCGAGCGCAGAUCAGUGGGCACCGAGAUAUAACUCGCUCUACGACGACGACGACGAUGACGACGAAAAAGCUGCGAUCGGUCGUGGUGCCGCUCCACCACCUCUACCACCCAAAAUUCCGCUGGGGACGGUUGCCAAACCUGGAUGGUCGUAA